AGAUUGCUCUUCGAGUUACUGUUCUGUGGAGGAUUUUUAGUGAGCCGAAAGAUAAGAUUUGGUCUGGUUUUAUGUGUACUGACUCCAGCCCAGCUCCCAUGCACAGCUGUGCACUGUUUGUGUUUUGUUAGCAGGGUUUUAAGAUGGCCAGCAGCUCCGAGCUCUUCAAGGACCUUUGCACUCCAGCUUUCAUUGUGGAUCUGGAUAUUGUGAGAAGGAACUCGGACACAAUGCUGGAGCGCUUCCUGAGGCUCGGAGUGCAGCUCCGACCUCACAUGAAAACCCAUAAGACAGUUGAGUGUGCAGACAUCAUGACCAGGGGCUCACGAAGGUGCAUUGUGGUGUCCACCAUGGCUGAGGCUUCUUUCUAUGCUGAUGCUGGUUAUGAUGAUAUCCUCUACGCCUAUCCAUUAACCUGUGAUAAAGUAAAGCGCUGUGCAGAGCUAUCAGAGAGGCUUUCUUUAUUUCAUGUACUGGUGGACAACAGCGUGGCCCUGCAAGAGCUGAAGGCGAGACCGCUGAAGCCAGGCAAAGUCUGGCACGUAUGGUUGAAACUGGACUGUGACAAUGGUAGAGCGGGCAUUCCUCACUCUGAUCCCGCUGCUCCACAGUUAGCCAAGGAAAUUUCAGAGACAGAAGGGGUGGAGCUUACAGGAAUCUACGCCCACUGUGGAAACACCUAUGACUGUAAGGGGGAGGUGCAAAUUAAGGCUGUUGCCCAAGAAACGACGAGUAUCGUGUUACAGUUUGUGGAGAAGCUAAAAGCAUUAGGAAUCCAGAAUGUCAAAUCCAGCAUUGGUUCCACCCCUUCAUGUAGCCACCCAGUUUCAGACAUGGCUAUGUUAAGUGAGGUCCAUCCUGGAAAUUAUGUAUUUUAUGAUGUGCAGCAGUCGCUUAUUGGCUCCUGUAGACUUGAGGACAUUGCAGUGCGGGUGCUGACGAGGGUCAUAGGUCACUACCCGCAUAGAAACCAGCUCCUGGUUGACUGUGGCUGGGCCGCCUUGAGUCAGGACGGUGGAGGCCGUUUACCAACAGGAUAUGCAAUCAUCGAGAGUCAUCCAGAGCUCAAAUUGGUGUCAAUGACUCAGGAACAUGGCAGAGUGGAGCCUAUCUCUGGAGAACUGGAUUUCAGUCAGUUCCCUUUGGGCUCCAUGUUGUCCCUCAUGCCUUACCAUGGGUCGCCACAGCGGAUCUUUCGUCUCCAUUGCGCCCUGUCUUCCACAUCGUUCUCUACCACACCUGCCACUUUCAUGUCCUCUCUCACCCCAUCCAUGUACCUCCUCUUUGGCCUUCCUCAUUUUCAUUUGUCUGGCAGCUCCAUCCUCAACAUUCUCCUUCCCACAUGCUCUGCAUCUCUUCUCAGGAUGUGCCCAUGCCAUCUCAGUCUCAUCUCUCUUAGCUUAAUUCCCAAGCUCUCCACAUGUGCUGUCCCUCUGAUGUACUCGUUCCUUAUCCUGUCCAACCUUGUCACUCCCAUUGCAAACCUUAACAUCCUCAACUCAGCCACCUCCAACUUUGCCUCCUGUCUCUUUGUUAAGGGUACGGUCUCCAAUCCAUACAUCACAGCUGGUCUCACUACUCUCUUGUACAUCUUACCUUUCACUUUUGCUGAGACUUUCCUAUCACAAAUCCUUCUCCAACUGCUCCACCCUGCCUGCACUCUCUUUCUCACCUCACUAUCGCAGCCCCCAUUUUCCUGCACAGUUAACCCCAGGUACUUGAAUUAACCAUCUUUCUUUACGUCUGCUCCUUGCAUCUUCACUCCACUCUCAUCCCCAUUCUCAUUGAUGCACAUGUAUUCUGUUUUGCUCCUGCUCACCUUCAUUCCUCUUCGUUCCAAUGCAUACCUCCAUCUCUCCAAACCCAACUCAACCUCCUUUCUACUUUCACCACAUAUCACAAUAUCAUCCGCAAACAUCAUGUUCCAUGGUGACUCUUGCCUCACUUCAUCCGUCAAGCUAUCCAUCACUAUGGCAAACAAGAAAGGACUCAAAGCAGAUCCUUGAUGGAGUCCCACCUUCACCUUGAACCAUUCAGUCGUUCCAACUGCACACCUCACUGCUGUUUCACUGUUCUCAUACAUGUCUUGCAUCACUCUAAUAUACUUCUCAUUCACUCCACUCUUUCUCAUACAAUACCAUAACUCAUCUCUCGGCACUCUAUUGUAUGCCUUCUCCAGGUUUACAAACACACACUGUAGCUUUCUCUGGCCUUCUCUGUACUUCUCCAUUAACAUUCUUAAAGCAAAAAUUGCAUCAGACGUGCUCUUCUUUGGCAUAAACCCGUACUGCUGUUCACAGAUUGCUACCUCUCUUCUCAAUCUCACCUCCAAUACCCUUUCCCAUAGCUUCAUGGUGUGGCUCAUCAAUUUUAUCCCUCUGUAAUUACUGCAGCUCUGUACAUCUCCCUUAUUCUUGUAUAUUGGGACUAGCGCACUCUUUCUCCAUUCAUUUGGCAUUUUCUCAUUCUCUAGGAUCUUAUUAAACAAUCUCGUUAGGAACUCCACAGCCGUCUCACCCAAACAUCUCCAAGCCUCAAUCGGGAUACCAUCCGGUCUGACUGCUUUCCCAGUCUUCAUUCUUUUCAUGGCUGCCCUCACCUCAUCCUUACUAACCAACUCUACUUCCUGAUUUGCUGUCUCCAAUGAAUCUGACCUUUUCUCUCUUGGAUUCUCCUCAUUUAAUAAAUCCUCAAAGUACUCUUUCCACCUUCUUAAUACACUCUCUUUGUCAGCACAUUUCCAUUUCCAUCUUUCAUCACUCUUACCUGCUGUACAUCCCUCGCUUCCCUGUUUCUCUGCCUAGCUAGUCUGUACAGGUCUUUCUCUCCUUCUUUGGUCUCCAGUCUUUCGUACAACUCCUGGUAUGCAUCUGCUUUCGCCUUCGCUACCGCUCUUUUUGCCUUCUGUCUCAUCUCUCUGUAUAACAGCCUGCUUUCCUCGUCUCUCUACUCGUCCCAAUUCUUCUUUGCUAGCCUCUUCUCUUUUAUAAUUUCCUGCACUUCUUUGUUCCACCACCAUGUCUCCUUGUCUUCCUUCCUCCUUCCCGAUGACCACCCAAGCACCUUCCUUGCUGCCUCUCUUACUAGUACAGCAGUAGUAUUCCAGUCUUCCGGCAGACUUCCAUGGCUACUAAGUAAUUCAUUCAAUAAAAA